AUGGAUCUCCUAACCAUUAUACCUAACUUCAACACAAAACCAUACACCCACAUCCUCCCCCCAUUAGAGAGAAGACACAUCACCACCGUCGAUCUGAUAACGCUCGAUUAUCUCGAAAUCGCGAAACGCGCGCACGUCCCGCCGGCUGAUGUACGCCGAUUGUGCGCCGACGUUGUUGUUGGGUUGCAUGGGGAUUUGGGAUAUCAGACGAGUUCGGCGAGGGCAGUGCCUCAUGAUGCAAAGUAUAGUAAUAAUGAGAAUAGGGAUGAUAAGGUAGUUCCAGCUGGUCAGGACGAUGGAGGGAGUAGAUUGGAUUUGUCGCGAUGGAGUACUAUCAGUACCUUGGACCCCGCGCUCGAUGACCUCUUGGGCGGGGGGAUACCGACUGGGUAUUUGACUGAGAUUACUGGCGAGAGUGGAAGCGGAAAGACGCAGUUCCUCCUCAACCUCCUCCUCGUCGCUCAACUCCCUUCCCCGCAUGGCCUCGGCCGCAAAGCCAUUUACAUAUCCACCGAAGCCUCACUCUCAACCCCCCGACUAUCCCAAAUCCUUUUGUCGCAUCCGUAUCUCUCCAAACUGCCCGCGGCCGAAAGACCCUCGUUAGCCAACGUGCUCUCCAUCACAGCGAUCGACCUCGAAACUCAAGACCACAUCCUCAAUUAUCAGCUACCAGUCGCAAUAUCGCGCUACAAUGUCGGAUUGGUCGUCAUCGACUCCAUAGCAGCCAAUUACCGCGCUGAACACGCCUCGAAUAGUAUGCAGAGCCUCUCCGCGCGAUCCGGCGAGUUGGCGAAGUUGGGGCAUAUGUUGCGCAAUCUCGCCGCGAGGGAGGAUAUAGCCAUUGUCGUUGCAAAUCAGGUGUCUGACCGGUUUGAUGGGAUGGUUGAUACGCCGGCAGCCGUACAUCAACAACAGUACGGCCGGUUUCCGCGCGGGGGAAGUAGUAGUAGCAGUCAGACACCGCUGCAUAACAGAUAUUCGAAAUUAGCCAUGAUGGAAACCAAUGAACACACUCCCUCAUCUUCUCCGGCAUUACCUUCGUCAUCGAUACCGUCCUCCCCUUCCCCGUCGCAGCAAUUACCCGCCGAAGACGAAGCCUUUGACGGCGCAUAUAUAGUCGGCCAUCCAGUCCGAAACGAGACACUGAGCCUGUCGCACCAACAAAAAUUCUUCACCGGCUGGGGCGACGAAGCGGACGUCAGCGAAUCCCAAAAGACGCCUGCUUUGGGGUUCGUGUGGUCUACACAGAUUGCGUGUCGAAUAGCUUUGAAGAAGGAGGAAGAGCUUGACCUCUCUCGUGUUGCGGCAGCGACUACAGUACAAGUACAGCCAUUCCAAACGCCCCAACGAAACGGGACUACCCAGACAGAAAUCAAAACUGCAACAGAGGUACCAUUACAAUCCUCUCCUCUCCCUCCUCUUCCGCCGUCAUCGUCAGCACCCGUACCAACUCAGAACGGUACCAACAAACACGAAUCUACUCCAAGCACGAAAACAACCCAACCCCCUCCUAACGCCACACCUGCUACAACCACAACCCCACGAACAAUAGAACGAAUCACAAAACGACGCAUCAAACUCGUUUUUGCGCCCUGGACGUCUGGAGUAGUUGUCAGCCAUGACGCAGAACAGGCCAGGAACAGGAAUGAUAAUGAACUAGAAUUCGAGAUAUGGAAAGGCGGACUACGGAGUAUCUCCUCUCUAAUGACUGACUGA